AUGAAAAAGAAACACCAUAAAGCCUUCAGAAAUUCUCCUCARUGCUCCUGGAGCAAUGCCACAAGUUCCAGUUCACCCAGCAGUGUACAGCACAGGACUGCUUGCAGUGUCAAAGGUGAGGAGGAUGAUGGUGAUAAGGAUAGAACCCUCGCAAACCAGGCUGACCUUCCAAACAAACAGGAGCUAACUUUUCUGUCUGAGGAUGAAAAGUUCCUCCUGCCCAGGAGCAGUCCAGUAAUCUCCAGACGCAGUGGAACCAGAACUUCUAACCCAUCCAGCACAGACUCUUCAGGUCUUUCCUCCAGUCCAUCAUCUUUGAGUCAGCAUGAGGAUCUGUUAUGCUUCAAGGCCAGCUCCCUUCAACAACCAGCUCCACAACCAAGGAGCUCUGCAGCCGAGGAGAAGCAGCCAAGUGUUUCUCUCUUAUCAGACCUGAACAGCCUGCUAAGCAGCCAUCAUCUUCUUCACAGAGCCCCCCAGCAGAGACAGAACCGGGGGUAUCAAGGGCGGGGCCUCAACAGCAGCAACAGUUCGCACACAUCAGCUCUGUCUACCUCAGCAUCUCCUACCAAAGAGACAAGCUGCAGUGGCUUCCUGGACGUCUCUGCUGACAUCUUCAGGACCAGCUGUGAGCUGGAAAAGGAAAAUGCUCAUUUCAUUGUGGUGGACCUGGUGCUGGAGGUGCUCGAGGGAGUGAAGUGCACUUUAGGUCCUGAUCAGUGGACUUCCACAGUGGACUCAGAAUGCAUGAUGAGACAAAGAAGUUGUGCAGAACAAGACAUUGGGUCACACAAACACACAGACACAAAUACAGAGUCCCAGUCAUGUCGUGAAAACCAGGAUGAGGAACCAGAGAGUUACAACUCUGAUCAUCAACAAAAGACUCUGUCUUUUCUUUCUACUGACAGUGGGUUUGAAGACUGUGGAUUCAACACGGCGCAUAUGGAUUCUAUCAGGAAUGCAGAGUGGCUGGCCCAACAGCUGGUGCUGGAUUUCAAGAGAAAAUGGUUUCCUUCCCACACACUUCAGCGAGGAAGACAAAGCCUCCGGAGCUCACUUCAGGAGCUCCCAGGUUCUGAGGGAGUGGAGGUGAGCAGCGGCAGUCUGUCAGAGGAGAUCAAACUGAGGACCAGGAUGAGGGGAACCCUAAACUGGGCACCACCACGUUUCCAGAUCGUUUUCAGCGUUCAUCCUCCUCAUAGACGCAGUGAAGUGGUGCUCCUCCAGCACUACCUGUGUGCAGGCUGUGGGACAGAGGUCGAGCCCAAAUACAUCAAGAAACUUCGAUACUGUGACUACCUGGGCAGGUAUUUCUGUGACUGCUGCCACAGCGGCUCUGAUGCUGUGAUUCCAGGCAGGGUUCUGUGCUGCUGGGAUUUCAGCAGGUAUUCUGUGAGCGACUUCUCUAAACAGCUGCUGGAUUCAGUCUGGUGUCAACCGCUCUAUGACCUUACCUGUGUGGGCAAGACCCUGUACAGCAGAGUGAAAGAGCUGGACAGAUUCAGGGAGCUGCAAGAGCAGCUACUAGAGAUCAGGAAGCUGCUGAAAGCCUGCAGAUUAUCUCAAAGGGUAUUGGAUGAGAUAGAGCAGCUUCCUGCUCACCUGAUGGAGCAGCCACUCCUCUUCUCCAUGGAUGACCUCCUAAGAGCAAAGAAGGGUCAGCUGGUGGCACCGGCCCGGGUGCUGCUGCACUCUGCCAUCCAGCAUGUUGAAAAUUGUCAGCUGUGUCUGGCUCGAGGUUUUAUCUGUGAGUUUUGCCGUGGAAAGGAUAUCAUCUUUCCUUUUCAGAAGGACAUAUGUAAGCGCUGUCCAGUGUGCAGAGCGUGUUUUCACAAACACUGUUUUACAGAAAAAAACUGUCCUAAAUGCUCACGGAUCCAAUCACGAACAAAUUUCAAGAUGUGACCAUUAAGAGCUGCAGCAUGUCAUCACCAAACUUCACUUCACACUUUUCAUAUUGUCAUUAUAGUUUAUGUAAGCACAAUAAAUU